AUGGCGUCCAUACCUGCGCAGCCUAAUGCUGCAUCUACCUCAUCAACAGCCGUAGCAGAAACAACCAUCUCCAACCUCACCACUCGUUUUCCUGGCAAAGUUCAAAUCCAUCUUCACCCCUCUUCGUCCCUUCCUUCCGCUAUCACCUCCCCUUCUGAUUCCGACAGACACUCUCCCAACAUCAACGCCGAUCUCCCAGUACCGUUGCUUUGGACGGUCGAAUCACUCAAACUUCUUCGAAGUUACGGUCUAACCGGAUCGUUUACUGGUACUUUGGCUCAGUUUCCACAACAAAACAUUUUCUUAGGCUUACCGAUCCAACUUUUACCCGAAGAAGUAGUUUAUCUUCUCCGCCGAGAUCUCGCCGUUAUUAUUGAUGAAGCUUCCUCUUACCGACCAAAUACGAAGGAGGAGUUGAAAGAAGUAGAAAGGGUCAUUGAAGAAGAUCGAAAAUCUGAACAACUCUCCGCAUGGCACGAACGUCAACUACUCCGUGCCAAACACUCCAAAUCCCCCCUUAACCCCCUUUCUUCCUCCCCUCCAUCCGAAAAAGACCUCAAUGGGCUACCAUGGCACUACACAAUCCCUACAACAUCCUCCCACCUCCCCUGGUACGCACCCGUCACAUACACAACCCUUUCCUCCAUUCAAAGCCUGUUCCCAUACCCGACCACAGAAGCAGAGAUAGCCAGAGUGGGCUUGUUCGAAUAUCUUGUGGGGGAUAAGGGAAUGUGGUGUAUGAACGGAUUACGUUUUGGGGGCGCAUUUGCGGUCUAUCCUGGUGAUCCGUUGAGAUACCAUAGUCAUUAUACUGCUCAAUUGGUGUUGGAGAAGGAAAAUAUUGCUCUGACUUCGUUGGUGGCUAAUGGGAGGUUGGGGACGGCGGUUAAGAAAACUCAUCUACUGUGCUGUGUCGAGAACUUCGAUGCGAAAUUGGGGCUGGGGGAGGUUGGGAGUGGGGAGAAAGGAGGAAGGAAAGUAUUGAGUAGUUUGCGGGCAGGAUUGUUCGAUAAUGCGCCAAGUAAGGAGGGGGAAGCAGUGAGGGAAGGUGGGAGAAAGUUUGCGGCUUAUAAUGUGUUUAGUUUGGCUUGGGCUGGGUUUGGUACUUAA